AUGUCUAACGUAACAGAUAAAAGAGUGAUCGUGGCUACACUGUUCUUGCCCCACACGGUUGAUUUUCAUAUAAAAGAGCAGAAUAGAAAGAAACUCGCCACUUAUACUACUUCGUCUACAGUCGAUACACAUUUUACAGUUGCUAAUGGAGAUACCACCAAGAACUCAGUACCAACCAUCGAUGAAUCAACUUCUGGAGUUCCAAACCUCAUCCAAAGUUUAGUCGCUCGUCAUAACCAUUAUCAACAGCAAAAGAAGCAGGAUCUUAACAGAAACAGCAAUAAAUCUGUAGAUGAAUUGUUUGAUUUUGCUCAGCCUGAAAAGUUGGUUCAACCGAAAAGUAAGAAACAAUUAUUCGAAGAAGAGCAACAGCAAGACAAAAAAAACGAAGGAAAAGAUAGUGUCAGUCAUAGUAGUCUUAGUGCUAAUUGCUUAUCUUCCAAAGUAUCUUCAUUACCAUCUAUUUCGCCUGUUAAUGCGACUGCUGCUUCUUCGUCAUACAAUGAUGAUUACAGCUGUCCUCGUCUAUUUGAAGAGGCUACUUGGUCUGUCAAACCAUGUACAAUGGGUAACAUCGGAUUAAACAAUGCGUUAUUUAGUAUUCAAAAUCAAUUAGUGGAUUUGGCUUGGGUCGGUACACUAGGUAUGCCAACGGAUCCUUUAUCGCAAAAAACAAAAGAUGAUAUAUCAACUACUCUCGAAAAGGAGUAUAGCUCCUAUGUAGUCAUGCCGAACGACACCGUUUUUGACGAACAUUACAAUCAAUAUUGUAAACAGGUUUUAUGGCCUUAUUUUCAUUAUGUGGUCCAAGACGAAUUGCAGAAUAUGAUGUAUCAAGACAAGCCAUAUAAAUCUUAUAAGGAUCUAAAUCAACAAUAUGCUGAUAAGAUUGUACAAAUUUAUAAAGAAGGAGAUUUAAUUUGGAUAAAUGACUACCAUUUAAUGCUGUUGCCAGGGAUGAUACGUAAAAUGCUGCCUAAUGCAACCAUCGGGUUCUUCCUUCAUAUCCCUUUUCCAAGCUCAGAAAUAUUCAGAUGUUUGCCAUGUAAGUUGCUCUAUCUUCGUAGUACUCAGGCAUACUGUUUCGAUAUAGCCAGAAAGUAUUUAUUAGAAGCCAUGUUGCAAUCUGAUGUCAUUGGAUUCCAAACCUAUUCAUUCGCACGCCAUUUUUUACAAACGUGCUCACGCAUACUAUCGGUCGAUGCUACACCUUUAGGAGUUCAACUGGAUACACACUACUGCUCCGUUCAUAUCCAUCCCAUUGGUAUUGAUGUUCUCACGCUUAAUCAAAAAAUUGGAGAUCCUCAGGUUGCACAAUGGAUGACCAAACUCAAAGAAAAAUAUGCUGACAAAAAGUUGAUUGUGGCUCGCGAUAAACUUGACUACAUCAAAGGAGUGCGACAAAAGCUAUUAGCGUAUGAGGAUUUUCUGACACGUCAUCCAGAAUGGCAUGGCAAAGUGGUUUUAAUCCAAAUCGCCUUAUCGACCUCAGAACAGAAUGAAUUACGCGCUCACAUUUCAGAUGUCGUGUCGCGUGUCAACGCCAACUUUUCUAAUUUUUCCUACCAACCCAUUGUCUUCUUACAUCAAGAUAUCUCUUUUCCGCAAUACUUGGCUUUGUUAAGUGUAGCAGAUGCAUGUUUAUUGACGCCUUUACGAGACGGUAUGAAUUUGACGUCUCAUGAAUACAUCGUGUGCCAGAAAGAAACUUACAAUCCGCUUAUUUUGAGCGAGUUCACUGGAACAUAUGGAAGUUUCGGAGCAUCCAUCAGAGUCAACCCAUGGGAUUACAAACAAGUGGGAGAUGCUAUCCAUGAGGCUUUGCUCAUGAAUCAAGAAGAGAAAGUGGCGAGAUGGAAAGAGUUAUAUAAAAGUAUAGAAACAAACUCGGCUCAACAAUUUGCUCAAAAUAUCAUCGCACAAUUGUCAAAAGUUCAUGCCACAACAAUGGGACGAAGAUUCAGUGGGCACAUACCACGUUUGCAACCUGACACGAUAUCAAAAGCUACUGAAUCAAGGCUAAAUGGCGCUGGGAAACGACUCAUAUUAUUAGGUUAUGGAGGAACUCUAAUUCCACAUGGAAAGCCUCCUAGUGCUAAGGAUCUGAGUCGUAUCACCCACUUACUGGCAAAGCUUACAUCCAAUCCAAAAAAUGCUGUGUACAUAGUUUCUGGAAGAACAAAGUCCAACAUGGAAACAGACUUAGGAUCCAUCCCUAAUUUAGGCUUAAGUGCCGAAAAUGGAUUUUACUUGAAAUACAGAGGCAAAGAUGGAUGGCAGCAGGUAUAUGAUAAUGUUGACUUUUCGUGGAAACCAGCCGUAAGGGAAAUAUUCCAAUAUUAUACAGAACGUACGCCUGGUGCUUACGUCGAAACCAAAGAUACAUCCAUUGUUUGGCAUUACCAAUCUUCGGAUAACACAUCACAAUAUGCAUCUUGGCAAGCAGCAGAAUGUCAGAAUCAUAUUGCUGACUCUGUCAAUAAAAACUUUGCUGUUCAUACUGUUAUUGGCAAUACUACUAUCGAAGUGCUGCCUCACGAUCUCAACAAGAGUUCUAUCGUCACUCGUAUUAUUCAACAUGAACAAGAGGGAAAUAAUGCUUCCACAAUUGACUUCAUUUUAGCCAUAGGUGACGAUCGAUCAGACGAAGACUUGUUUCAUUACUUGAAAAAUCAUCAGACAAUCCUCUCGUCAGAUCAACAGCAGCAAAAAGUUGUCAUCACCUGCACAGUAGGUAGAAGAAGUACAGAAGCAAAUUACUUUGUGGCAAAUGUAGAGGCAGUGUUGGAUACACUGGAACAGAAUUUUCUUAAUUGA